AUGCUCUCUUCCAGAAGCACGGUCCAUGUCUCCAAGAGGCUCUUAGCCCGGAGAUUGGCCACUAGCAGCACCAGCGAUCUCGCGUCUGCCUUUUCGGUUCCCCCAGAGUACGAAGCCAGAACACCUCCCUACGCCAAGCUUAUAACAAAUCUUCAAGAAGUCAGAAACUUAGUGAACGACAAACCCUUGACGUUGGCAGAGAAGAUUUUGUACUCCCACUUGGUCGACCCAAAUGAAAGCUUGUCUGCGUGCAAUGGCGACUUAUCCAACAUUCGUGGGCAGCAGUACUUGAAGCUUCAUCCGGAUAGAGUGGCCAUGCAAGACGCCUCAGCACAAACAGCCUUGUUACAGUUCAUGACCACGGGCAUGAGCAGAACUGCGGUGCCUGCUUCGAUCCACUGCGAUCACUUGAUUGUGGGCAAAGAUGGCGCUGAGUCUGACUUGACGUCGUCUAUAGCCACGAACAAGGAGGUGUUUGAUUUUUUACAAAGUUGCGGUGAAAAGUAUGGGAUUCAAUUCUGGGGACCCGGUUCGGGCAUUAUUCACCAGAUUGUCCUCGAAAACUUCUCGGUGCCAGGUUUGAUGAUGUUGGGCACAGACUCGCACACCCCUAACGCUGGUGGGUUGGGUGCAAUUGCCAUUGGUGUGGGUGGUGCGGACGCUGUGGAUGGGCUCACAGGAACACCAUGGGAGUUGAAGGCGCCAAAGAUUUUGGGUGUGAAAUUGACCGGCAGAAUGAACGGAUGGACUUCUCCUAAGGAUGUCAUAACUCACCUUGCGGGCAUCUUAACCGUACGUGGUGGUACAGGCUACAUUGUUGAAUAUUUUGGUGAAGGUGUGGAAACCUUAUCUUGUACUGGUAUGGCUACUAUCUGCAAUAUGGGUGCUGAAAUUGGCGCCACCACGUCUACUUUUCCUUAUCAGGAUGCUCACCGUCGUUACUUGAUCCAGACUAACAGAGGCCCGAUUUCACAGGCUGCCGAUGUAGCUUUACACAAGUACAACUUCUUGAAGGCAGACGAUGGUGCUGAAUACGAUAAGAUCAUCGAGAUUGACUUGAAUACCUUAGAGCCUCACAUUAACGGUCCUUUCACCCCGGACUUGUCGACCCCAAUCUCUGACUUUGGCACUAAGGCCAAGGCCGAUGGCUGGCCAUCUAAUGUUAGCGCUGGGUUGAUCGGCUCGUGCACAAACUCUUCGUACCAAGACAUGUCUCGUGCUGCGUCCAUCAUUAUCCAGGCAGAGAAGGCCGGUUUGAAGCCUAAGAUUCCAUUUUUUGUCACUCCUGGUUCUGAGCAAAUUAGAGCCACCAUAGAAAGAGAUGGUUUGACAGAGAUCUUCGAAAGAAACGGUGCCAUCGUCUUGGCUAACGCCUGUGGUCCUUGCAUUGGUCAGUGGGACAGAACAGAUGUCCCAAAGACUUCUACAUCUUCCAAUGCUAUCUUCACCUCUUUCAACAGAAACUUCAAAGCGAGAAACGACGGGAACAGAAACACCAUGAAUUUUUUGACCUCCCCUGAUAUUGUCACUGCCAUGAUUUACUCUGGUGACAUGAACUUCAACCCUCUUACGGAUAGCAUCAAAAAAGAAAACGGCGACGAAUUCAAGUUUAGUCCUCCAGAGGGCGUUGAAUUGCCUGGCGAAGGAUUCAUCAAGGGCCGCGAGGAGUUCUACCCUGAGGCCAACCCUCAACCAAAGCCUGAGGUCCAAGUCAAUGUGUCUCCAGACUCCGACAGACUUCAAAUUCUUGAGCCAUUCGAUCCAUGGUCUGGCGAUGAGUUGUCAACCACUGUCUUAUUGAAGGUUGAGGGUAAGUGUACUACCGAUCACAUUUCCGCUGCUGGGUCGUGGUUGAAGUACAAGGGUCAUCUUGAAAACAUAUCCUACAACACUUUGAUCGGUGCCGUUAACAAGGAGACUGGUGAAGUCAACACAGCAUACGAUCUCAACGGUGACGCAUACGGAAUCCCCGAGUUAAUGUUCAAGUGGAAGGAAGAGAAGCGCCCUUGGAUUGUCGUUGCUGAGCAUAACUACGGUGAAGGUUCUGCUAGAGAACAUGCUGCCAUGUCCCCCAGAUUCACUGGUGGAUCUAUCAUUUUGGUGAAGUCUUUCGCCAGAAUUCACGAAACCAACUUGAAGAAGCAAGGUAUGUUGCCUUUGACAUUUGCUGAUGAGGCAGACUACGAUAAGAUUCUGGCUGGUGACCAGAUUACCACCAUCGACUUAAGGGAUAUGGUUGCUAAAAACGGUGACAACGGCGGCACUUUAAGAAUUAGGGUUGCCAAAAAGGAUGGGUCUGAUGAGUUCGAGAUUUUGUGUAAGCACACUAUGUCCAAGGAUCAAAUUGAAUUCUUCAAGGCUGGUUCUGCCAUUAACUACAUUGGUAACUUGAAGAAAGAACAGGAAGCUGCUGCUGCUUCUGCUAAGCAUUGA